AUGGCUGAAGACGGCGAGUCGGCGGCCGAGCUGGCCUGGAAGCCCGAUGCAUACGGCGGGGUGUUGGUCUCGGGCUCGGCGCUGCCCUCGGACGCCGACGCCUUUGCCAUCGCUCUGGGGCAGAGCCUGGCUACUUGGCGUGAAGCAGGGAAGCGCGGGGUGUGGCUGCGCCUGCGUCCGGAGCUUGUGCAUCUGGCACAAGUCGCCAUCGCGACCGGGUUUGCUAUGCACUCGGCGAGCCCUGAGCAUCUGACGCUCGCGAUGUGGCUGCCGGACGAUACGCCGUCGACGCUGCCACCGGCGCCGGCGUUCAAGGCCGGCAUCGGCGGAUUUGUGACGCACGGCGAUAGCGUGCUGGUGGUGCAAGAGGCUAACGGCCCGUUUCCGGGCUUCUGGAAACUACCCGGAGGGUCGGUUGAUCCAGACGAGGAGCUGCUCGAUGCUGCUGCCCGCGAGGUGCGGGAGGAGACCGCCAUCGAGGCUGUGGCGGUGGGCAUCGUCGGCAGCUCGACCGGCAGACUUUUACUUGUGGCGUACAUGCCGCUUGACUCUGAGCAGCCGCGACCGGAGCCGGUGCGGCAGGCCUCGGAGAUCGCCGCCGCGCAGUGGAUGCCCAUUGUCGACUUUCUCGCGCUCGACCACGUUGUCGGCGUCUAUGGCGAGCUGUACAAGCUGGCGGCGACACAGCAUGCCGAGUGGCAGGCCCGCGACGAAGCAGGCGAGGCUUCACUGGUGCCACCGGCCCACGGCGGGCUCAUCGAGGCCAACUCGCUGCCGAUUGUCUUCCGCAAGGGCUCACACACGCUCCUCAGCGCCAAGCUCUGA